AUGAUUGAAAACACUUGUGCGGAAGCGUUAAAACAAGCUUUGAUUGGUGGAGCAAUUGGAACUGCGACAGGUGUGGCAACCAUUGAGUCAGGAAAGGCAAUUCUUCGAUCCAACUCGCAGCCAUUGCAAACCCCAAAUGGUCGAAAUUAUUAUUUUGAUGAAAGUAAUUAUCAAUCCAAAAAUGGAUCCUUCAUGUGCUCAAUGCCACUUGAUGAAGUAGCUAAAGCAGUACAAGAGAGUUCAAGUCAAACACCGAAAGACGACUCCAAGAAUUCUACUGAUAUCACACCAGAACAGUUCUUUAAGACUGUAAAUUAUUCCUAUCACACCAAUUUAGAGAGCAGUUAUUCUUGGAAUUAA